GUUUUGGAAGAGGAAUUGAUAACAAAAAAAUGGCACAGGCACAGCCUGAGAGAGAGAUAGAAAAAAAGAUAGAAAUGGCGAUGAAAAAGGACAAUGAUAAAGACGCCACAAGUAGUAGUGCCUUCAAAUUCAAUGCCCAAGCGCCAGAAUUUGUGCCAAGAUCUCAUACCCAGAUCCCCAUCCCGGGGUACUACUAUCCCUGCUUUCACUACCUUGAUGGGAGUGAUGGGUCUGAUUGGAUUUAUGUUGGUGAUCAAGAACUAGUCCCUUCAGUUACAAAUCCAAAUGUCAGUGUCCCCAACUGUUCGAAGGAUGUCCUCACUGAGGAUCUUAAGCAGAAGAUCAUCAAACAGGUGGAAUAUCAGUUCAGUGACACGAGCUUGCUUGCAAAUGAGUCCUUGAUGAAGCACAUUAACAAGGACCCUGAAGGUUACGUUCCAUUAUCUUUUGUUUCAUCUACUAAGAAAAUCAAGUCCCUCAUCAGCAAUAACCAGCUGCUUGCACAUUCUCUUCGGUCCUCUUCAAAUCUGGUUGUAAGCAAUGAUGGAAAAAAAAUUAGGCGUAAACACCCUUUCACUGAUAAAGAAAAAGAAGACUUGCAGUGUCGCACUGUAGUGGCCGAGAAUCUACCUGAAGAUCACUCGUACCAAAACCUUGGCAAAAUAUUUAGUGUGGUUGGAAGUGUGAAAACCAUCCGUAUAUGCCAUCCCCAGGAAUUCAAUGCUUCCCGUUCCAAAGGAGAUUUUGUCAUCAGCAACAAGCUCCAUGCACUAGUACAAUAUGAGACUAUUGAGACAGCAGAGAAAGCAGUUGACAAAUUAAAUGACGAGAGGAACUGGAGAACAGGCCUCCGAGUAAGAUUGCUGCUUAGACGCACGCCAAAGUCUGUUCUAAAGACCAGGAAGUCGGACUUUGAUAGUUAUUUAGACGAUGAUGAGGCACUUUUCCUACUAUCAGAUGAUUCCGCUCAGCUUAAUAACUCCGAAUUGGUCAUUGACAGUUAUGCUGAAGAAAGCUCAGUUGGAUCAAAGAAAGGAUCCACUAGAGGCCGUGGCAAGUCACGACCACGCAAUCAGAGUCAUAAUGGACGUGGCCUGCUCGCCCCAUCUCCACAGACAAGCAGCUCCACGCAGUGUGAAGCAUCAGCCAAACCGGCUACAAAGGGACCAAGAAUGCCUGAUGGAACCAGGGGAUUCAGCAUGGGAAGGGGGAAGCCAAUCAGUACUCCUGUUCCAGCCACUUCACCUGUGGCAUGAGUCACUUUCUAAGUCAGACUACAUUACAUGGAGAGUGUUUACAAGUUAAAUACAAGUUAUAUAGCCAAUAAUUGCAAUUGCAGGUUCUUGCCAUGUGCAAGCAGGCCUAUAAAUUUUAUCAAUAUUCCGCCAUAUAAAGCAUUGUAUGUUAGAGAGCUCAUGACAAAAGUCAAUGACUCGUUGAUAUCAAUCUUUUUUAGGUCCAUGUUUGUAUCUUUCGGUCUCGUUGCUUGAAUAAACGAAUUGAAACGUUUCUCGUGAUUGUACAAUGCAUAUAUAUAAUCAUUCGUAAAUGAUAAUGAUGG